AUCGAGCGCAAAAAUGGAUUUGAAUAACACUAAAUUAUCAUUAAGGGAAGAAAUUAAGCAAAAUUGGGAUACACUUCCUGUGAAAUACGAUAAUUUUAAGGAAUUAUACGCUCCUGUGCACGAAGAAGAUGAUAAUAUUGAACAAAUACAGAAAAAGAGAAAUUUUGAAAACACGUUAAAAUAUGCGAUAACAAGAAAAUCUCUUUCACCGCCAAUCAAAACGAGCUCUAAAGAAAGUUUGACAAGAUCAUUUAAAUCUCAAAUAAUCCAAAAAGAACACAUUGAAAGCAUCAAAAAGGAAAACAGCGAGAAGCAGGCGUUAAUUAAACGGAUGGAUGAAGCUAUCGAAGCUUUAGAAAAAGUAAUUGAAAAGGAAGAAAGGCCUGAAAACGAAAAGGAAGUAGAACAAAAAGUUUUAUUAACAUUGGUACAAAAGGAUUUUAUCAAGCAACAACGAUUUUUAGUGACAGCUGUAACAAAACUUUUCAAGGGACACGAAAAAGAAGCAAAUUUCAUAUUGAAUGAGUUAUUCGACGCGCACUUCGAAGAUGUUGAUAAGUUUAUCGACGUGACGCAACGUAAUGAGGAAAUUGUAAAAAUAUUGGUAGAAUCUUGUUUGGUUGAACGUUUCAACGAAAACUCGAACAAGAUAAAAUUACGUCCUAUUCUGUAACAAUUUUUAUCGCAUUUUCUUUUGGUUCAUUAAAUGCUUUCUCAGUUUAAGUUGCUUAUCACGGAAACUACUCUUUAUCUUGCGAUGUUCUUUGUGUCGGAUCAUCUGGAAGUUCUUGUUCUUGCGUUUCUCACGAUUUGUCUUCGAGCAAUGGAUAUUCAAACGACCAUCUUUGUAUCCGAAUUUCUCUCUGCCUUCUCGACCUUUUUGCAUGCUCUCCAAUCGAGCUUGUUUAUCUGUGCGACGUUUCUUGUAAAUCAUUUCGAUGUCAUCUAACUUGACGAAUUCCUGACGUUCUUGUUCCAAUGGGCGUUUACGAGCAUUUGUUACCUUUUUCUUCACAAGCUCUGCUUCGAUUCUUGCGAAAUCCUCAUCCGUGAAAAUACGUGUGAGAGCAAUUUCUUUUGCUGCUUCCUUUUCGUCGAGAAUUUGAACGCCGGAAUUUUCCUUUUCUUUAUCGACAGUGACUUCAGUAGAUUUUUCUCCUUUUUCUGAUUCGUUUUCUUCCUCUUCUGAAUCUUUGUCUUCUUCUUCUUCAGAAUUUUCUUCGUCUUCAGAAUCGUUUUCUUCUUCAUUUUCAUCAUUUUCGUCUUCUUCAUCUGAACAAGUUUCGAAAUCGCUUCCAAAAUCUUCUCCAUCAUCGUCGCUAACAUCAACCCAUU